AUGCCGCAGUCCACUGACGUCGGAUUGCCCCUUCACAAUGUCUCCGUCGCUGUGAAGGACAAUAUAUGCACAUCCACAAUGCCCACUACGUGCUCUUCUGCUAUGCUGCAAAAUUUCACGUCACCUUUCGAUGCAACCGUUGUCACUCUGAUGCGGCAGGCCGGAGCGGCGAUCAUUGGCAAAACUAACUGCGACGAGUUCGGCAUGGGCUCGCUCAAUACAUAUUCCGUACAUGGCCCAGUGAUCAAUCCUUUCCAAACUCCUCACAGCACCGUCUCGUGGGUUGACCGCGAGCGUCGGUCUGCCGGUGGAAGCUCUGGAGGAAGUGCGGCUGCGGUAGCGGCUGAUAUGUGCAACGUUGCCUUAGGCACUGACACUGGAGGAUCUACCCGAUUGCCUGCAUCGUACUGUGGAAUCGUAGGAUUCAAGCCAUCUUAUGGCCUUAUCAGCAGAUGGGGCGUUGUGUCAUAUGCUGACAGCUUAGAUUGUGUCGGUAUCAUGGCGCGAGCUGUGGACGACGUUGAGAAGGUGUUCGAUGUCUUAGUGGAGUACGACCCUAAAGAUCCGACCGCUGUACGUCCCGCAACGAGGCGGAAGGCCUCACAAGUCUGCGAUGAACAUUACAAGCAUCUCAAUCUAGGAGACUCGCUUGUGGGGUUGCGCAUUGGCAUUCCUCAGGAGUACUUUCCCGCAGAGUUGAAUACCAGUGUGCUCGGACCAUUGCGGCAAGUGCUGGCGCACCUACAAUCCCGAGGUGCACAACUGGUCCCUGUCUCUCUACCUUCCGCACCAUACGCGCUCAGUGCAUACUACGUGAUCUCCAGCGCAGAGGCGAGUAGCAACAUGGCGCGGUACGAUGGUAUUCAAUAUGGCCUCCGCGUCGAUCCUCCCGCAGAAGCAGACAAAACGAAAACAGCGAACGUGUAUGCACACUCUCGCUCAGCUGGUUUCGGCAAAGAGGUGCAGAAGCGGAUCUUGCUCGGGACAUAUGCGCUCACUGCAGAUGCAUUCGACAACUAUUUUCUCCAGGCGCAGCGCGUGCGCAAGCUCAUUCGGCAGGACUUCGACCGUGCCUUCCGCGUGCCCAACGUACUCUCGUCUCAAACUACCUCACCAAGUUCUGCCUCUCAGGCCGAAUCGGACCGUGUUCAUGUCCUGAUCCAUCCCUCAGCAAUUCGCACCGCGCCGCCUCUUCCAGCUCCUGGUUCGGCGACCGAUGGCGAAGGAGGAACCUUGGACACGUAUGUGCAAGACGUGCUCACAGUGCCUGCCUCUCUGGCUGGGUUGCCCGCGCUUGGCGUGUCAGCGGGCUUCGGCGAGGAUGGAUGGCCCGUUGGCGUGAGCAUCGUGGGUCAGUGGGGUUGUGAUAAGAUGGUGCUAGAUAUCGGCAGGCUAUGUGCAGAGUGCGCAGCCUGA